CACCAUCCAAAAAGCAGUUGAAAUAUCUUUCUAUAAUAACUCUUGUCAACCUGCAUUUCCUUCUUCUACGUUGCAUUUUCUGAAUCAAAUCUUACUAUAUUACUUUGUUGAACUAAGUUAUGGCUGCCAUUGUUGGAGGAGCGCUUCUUUCAGCUUCCAUGGAGAUGCUGGUGAAAAAGGUCGUUUCUGGUGAGUUUCUUGUUUUGUUUCGGAGGACUAAGCUUGACGUUGAGCUGUUGGAAAAGCUGGAGAUAACACUGCUGAGUCUUCAAUCUGUACUUUAUGAUGCUGAAGACAAACAGAUCGCUAACCCUGCUGUCAACAAGUGGCUGGAGAAAUUGCAAGAUGCUGUCUUUGAAGCUGACCAACUGUUCGACGAACUCAACACUGAAGCUUUAAGGUGCAAAGCUGAAGGUGGUCAGGUUCUUAAAAAGUUUUUAGAUUAUUUUCAAAGGUUUAAUAAAAAGAUCAAUUCUAAACUGCACAAAUUAUUUGAAAGAUUUGAACAUUUGAGAAACCAAAAUCUUGGAUUGAAAGAAGGUGUUUCCAACUGUGUUUGGAAUGUAUCUCCUACAACUUCUGUUUUGGGAGAUGAAACUGCUAUUUAUGGCAGAGAUGAUGACAAAAAGAAACUUAAAGAGUUUUUGCUGUUAGAGGGUGGCAAUGAUGGUGAAAGCAUAGGAGUGAUUUCUAUUGUGGGUAUGGGAGGAUUAGGAAAAACAACACUAGCUAAACUCCUUUACAAUGAUCAUCAUGUGAAGGAUAAUUUUGAGGUUAGAGGGUGGGCACAUGUCUCAAAAGAUCUUGAUGUUGUAGCUCUCACUAAAACCCUUCUUGAAUCUGUCACUCCAAAAACAGAUUCAUCUAAUGAGUUGAAUAAUCCCCAAGUACAAUUGCAGCGAACUUUAAGUAACAACAAGUUUUUACUUGUAUUGGAUGAUAUAUGGCUUGGAAGAUAUGUUGGUUGGAAUAGUCUAAUUGAUAUCUUUAAUGUUGGCCAAAAAGGGAGUAAGAUCAUCAUCACAACUCGUGAUGAAAGGGUUGCCUUACCCAGGCUAAAAUCUCUCUAUGUCCACCAUUUAAGAUCUUUGGAAAUUGAAGAUUCCUGGUCUUUAAUAGCGAGACAUGCAUUUGUAGAAAGAAACUACCAACAACAUCCCAAUCUAGAAAUAAUUGGUAGAGAAAUUGCCAAAAAAUGUGGAGGUUUACCAUUAGCUGCAGUAGCAUUGGGGGGUAUUCUUCGAACCAAAUUGUCACAAGAAUAUUGGAGUGAUGUAUUGAACAAUAGUAUUUGGGAACAAACACAUGAUGAAGUGCAGCCAGCUCUGUUAUUGAGCUACCGUUAUCUUCCAGCUUCUUUAAAAGGAUGCUUUGCUCAUUGUUCAGUUUUUCCAAAGAACUCAAUCUUAGUGAAAAAGAUGGUGGUUCAAUUGUGGAUUGGAGAAGGCUUAGUACCUCAACCAAAAAGUGAGAAAAGUUGGGAAAAAGUAGCUGAAGAAUACUUUGAUGAACUAGUGUCGAGGUCUCUGAUACUUCAAUGGUUUAUUGGUGAUGAGAAAGCAUACUUUAAAAUGCACGACCUCAUCAAUGAUUUAGCUAUGAGAGUAUCAUCUCCAUAUUGCACUAGGUUGGACAAUCAUAGGCCAGAUGAAAGGGUAGAUAAAAGAGUGAGACACUUGUCAUUUGAUAGGGAAGAAUAUAACUCAUUCGAUAAAUUUGAAAUAUUGCAUGGAUUAAAAGGUCUACAAACCUUUCUUCCCAUGCCAUUACAAGCUGCAUGGGAUUAUAAUAGUUCUGUAUCGUCGAAGUUAUUUUCUGAUUUGUUGUCGACAAUGACACAAUUACACGUGUUGUCUCUUUCAAGCUACAGAAAUAUCGUAGAGCUACCCAACUCUAUUGGAAAUUUAAUUUACUUGCGAUACUUGAAUCUCUCUGGCACUCAAAUUAGAAAGUUGCCUUCAGAAACAUGCAAGCUUUACAAUUUGCAGACAUUGUUGUUGUCAUAUUGCAGUAAACUCAUUGAAUUGCCAAAAGACACGGGGAAUUUGGUGAAACUACGACACCUUGACAUCAGAGGCACUGAUUUGAAGAAAAUGCCGGCACAAAUAUCCAAAUUAGAAAAUCUACAAACAUUGUCGGACUUUAUUGUGAGCCGCGUUAAGGAUGUUGGAUUGAAGAUUGAAGAUCUUGGGAAAUUUCCCCAUCUACGAGGAAGCCUUUUCAUCUCACAACUUGAAAAUGUAAUUGACUCAUCCCAUGCUUCUCAAGCAAACUUGGAGUUGAAGAAAGAAAUUGACGAGUUGGAACUAGGAUGGUCUUACAAGGCUCCUUCAAACUCACAAAUACAAGUACUCGAACGGCUGCGUCCGUCGACAAAUUUGAAGAGUUUGACCAUCUUUGGAUAUGGUGGAGACCAAUUAUCAAAUUGGGUGGGAGAUCCUUUAUUUGUAAACAUGGUGUCUUUGAAGAUCACAAGGUGUAAAAAAACUUCAGUGCUACCAUCCCUCGGGCAACUAGGUAAUCUAAAAGAAAUCUUUUUUAGUGAGAUGGAAUCUGUAAAGAGUGUUGGUACCGUGUUCUAUGGAAGUGGUUCUUCUUCAUUUCAACCAUUUACGUCUUUAGAGACUCUAAGCUUUGAAGAUAUGCCAGAGUGGGAGGAAUGGAAGUUGAUUGGAGGUACAUCCAUAGAGUUUCCUAGUCUUAUACGUUUGUCUGUAAAGCGCUGUCCAAAACUGAGAGAAAACAUACCUGGCAACCUUCCUAAGCUUGAAAGAUUGUCACUUAAAAAUUGUCCCGAACUUGAAGGGAUGACACCCAACAAUCUUCCUUCACUUGCCAACCUUAACUUAAGGGAUUGUCCCUUAUUGAUGGGGUCAAGACAUUCUAUUACAAACCCACCAUCUGACGUAUUCAGCCAAUUGGUGAUUUGUCUCAAUUCUCUUCAAAAGUUGACCUUAUCCAGAAUUCCAUCUCUAACAUCCUUUCCGAGAGACGGUCUUCCCAAAACCUUACGAUCUCUCUCUAUCCUUUCCUGUGAGAAUCUGGAUUUCUUUUCUCAUGAAUCUUUUCAUAAUUAUUCAUCACUGGAGGAUUUGCAGAUAUUAGAUAGUUGUAAUUCAAUGACAUCAUUUACCUUGGGCUCUCUCCCUGUCCUCAAAAGUCUAUCUAUUUUCGAUUGUAAACAUUUAAAAUCCAUAUCAAUAGCAGAAGAUGCAUCGGAAGCAAAUCUAGUGUUUCUUGGAAGCAUCUAUGUAAGGGAUUGCAGAGAACUGGAGUCAGUUUCCUUAAGUCGAUUACCCAUUCCUAAACUCACUUAUUUAAUUUUGUGGAGUUGUGAGAAGUUAAUUUCUCUAUCUGAAUCAAUAAAGAAUCUAACUAGCCUUCAAGAAAUGACAAUUACUAAACUUCCAAAUCUGCAAUCGUUUUCCAUAGAUGAUCUGCCUAUCAGUCUGCGAGAGUUGCAGAUUGGCUCUGUCGGAGGGAUUUUGUGGAAUACAACUUGGCAACAUCUCACUUCUCUUUCAAAGCUGGAUAUUGAGGGUGAUGAUAUUGUGAAGGGGGUGAUGACAACGCAAGUUCCAUUUCUACCCACUAAUCUCGUUUCCUUAGGGAUCUCUCGUCUCGAUAAGAAAGAAUGCUUGGAUGGGAAGUGGCUUCGACAUCUUACCUCUCUCCAUACGCUUCACAUUUCUGCUGCACCCAAGCUCAAGUCAUUGCCAGAAAAGGGGGAACUGCCUUCCUCUCUUAAAGAACUGCAUAUCUUUUAUUGUCAGUUGUUGAAAGCAAAUUUGCAAAGGAAGAAAGGGAAAGAGUGGCGUAAGAUUUCUCACAUUCCCAAAAUAUAUAUAGACUACGAAAUCAUCAAUUGAGUUAUUAAAUCAAGGUUUUGGUUUCAUUUGGGGUUCAAAUUGAAAUUAAAUGCUUCCUCUUUCUGCUGCUGACAUCGGUCACUGAAAAAGGAUUGACAAUUGCAACAAGAUAUCAUAAAUGGAUUGCUCAAGAAGUCUAAAAUUGUUGAUUCUGAGAUGAAGGAGAUUCAAAGAGAACAAAUUGGAAAGCGAGAGACAAAACAAUUGAAAGAAAGGUUUUAUGAACUUGGAAUAAUAUGGACGUAACAAACAAAUAGGAUUGCAAGAAAGUGUUUGUAUCUCCUCUGAGGCAUUUAACCAAAUGUUUCACUCUCCAAGGCUACAACAUGGCUUUUAUAGAAUAUAGAAUGCUUGGAUGGAAACUGGAAAGUGACUUAAACACGGUUUUGCGGAAGAAACGAGGAAAAAAGUGGUGUAAGAUUGCUCAUAUUCCCAACAUGUUUUAGUGUCCCGAUAAGUUGGAAUCCCUACUUCAAAACAUGAUUGUCUGAAAACGGGGUUGCUUAUUAAAAAUAAAUGUUGGAUUUUGGCAUGUCUUGUAUUGGGAAGGAAUUCGUUAAAGAUGUUGCCACCGAAACUAUUUUGAUGAGAUUUUGGCACCUUGAAAAUUCUUCCAAUGGUUUAGCAAACAAAUCUGAAUGAUGUCCAGAAACUUUUCAUGCCUCUGUAGGGGAAUUCAGCAAAGGACCAUCUCCGACAUUCAAAGAACUGAAGAGAGGCACUACAACACCGUCUUUUUUAUUGAUUUUGGUUAGAUAUGACUCAUUGUUUACUGAUAAGUGAAUAUGAUGCUCGAGUUGAGUUGCUCUGUUAAAUGUACCCUGUAAAACCUAAGUUUGAUCAAUACAACGGAACUGCAGCUGCUCUGCAGUCGGAGAUGUAGGCACAAUUGGCCGAACUUCGUUAUCAAAUAUCGUGUGUUCUUUGUUUCUGGUUAUUUCAUAUUUGUUUUCCUUUGAAUUGGAAUUUGUGUUCUAACAAUUUAAAAUGCAUUGAAAUUUGAACCCCUUUCUUGACAGUAAAGAUAUCAUGAGUUUAGCAAAGUAUAUAUCACAACAAAAUGAUUACUAACUGGAAAACUUGGAUGAACAAAUGGGUUGCUGAGAAGGUUUGAGAAUUCCAACAAUUGAAAGAAAGGUUUUAUAAUCUUGGAAGUAUGAACGUCACAAACAAACAGGAUUGCAAGAAAGUGUUUGUAUCUCCUCUGAGGUAUUUAACCAAAUGUUUGACUCUCCAAGACUACAACAUGACUGCUUCCUCAACUUUGUUGUGCAUGGCUACGGAUUGCUAGUAUUUUUUCGGAAGAGGUGAAAAAUCAUGGCCCAACUGCAGUUUCUAUAGACCAGUUCUCAUUUUUACACAUCUAUAAUCUUUAAGAGAUAUAAUGCCUGGAUGGAAAGUAACUUCAACACGUAGUCAGAUGAGGGAAAGCAAGUUUGCGGAAGAAACGAGGAAAAGAGUACUAUUGGGGGAUGAAAUUCAGAAUUCCAACUGCAGACUGGUCAGAUUUCAAAGAUGGCUAGAAAACAAGUACAACUGUUGGGCACAGUCAUGGAGAAAUCUGAUGGAAUUGCAAAAUGACUCAUGGAUCAAGUGGACCUCACAAACCAAGAGGAUUGUCGAUGAAGCAUUUAACGAAAUGAUGCAGUCUGCAAGACUUCAUGGUUGAUUUUGUUAAAGUUGCCACCAAUUCUAUUUUGAUGAGAUUUUGGCACCUCGAACUCUGAUCUGUGCAAUGAUUUUCCCUACAAAUCUGAAUGAUCGAUAUCCGGAAAAUUUCCAUACAUCUGUUGGGAGAUCCUCCACACUAGUCAAGACACAUUCAUCCUAUAUUUGAGGCAUUCAAAAAUGGAGUAUCCCUGCCACCUUCAAGGAAAAGAAGAGAGCCGUCUUGGAAAGACUCAAGAGUUUGGUUGAUCAUAGCAACAACUUUGCCUAGUUUUGUUGGAGACAUUGCAACACCUUUUUAUUGAUUUUGUUUUCUGAUAAGUGAAUAGGUUACUCGAGUUCAGUUGCUGUAAUAAAUUGUAACAUGUAAAACAUAAAUAUGAUUAAUAAAACGGAACUACAGCUGCUUUGUAGUCGGAGACGUAGGCACAAUUGGCCGAACUUCGUUAUCAAAUAUCGUGUGUUCUCUUUAUGUAUUUUUUUCGUAUUUGUUUAGUUUUGAAUUGGAAUUGUUGCUCUAAUAAUUUAAAAUACAUUGAAUUUAGAACUCUCUUCUUGACCUGUAAAGAUGUCAUGAGUUUACCAAAAGUAUAUCACAACAAAAUAAUUAUUAAGUGGCUGAAAACUUGGAUGAAGAAAUGGCAAACAUGUGUGUUUAUUAAUGCAGUUCUCUGGUGAACAUUGAUCUUGAGAAGCAAGCAAGGGAAAUGUCACAUAAAAUGAGUGUUUUCAUAGUAUGGACUGGUAAACAUGCUGGCAUUAAAUUUGCUUAGAGUGUGGAGUUUGUCUAUAUUACUAAGAAAAGGAGAAUGAUCAAAUUUUAGGUAUGUCUGUCUUUAUAGGCGAAGCUUUUGUUUUAUUUCAAGGACUUAUUUUAUGUAUAACACAUGAUGGGUAUAGUUGGAUGACUAAACUGUUCUUUUUAGAGAGGCUUAAUAUUUGUAGGUGAAUGGUUUGCAUUUUGUGUUACGACCUACAGAAGUGCAUCGUUCGGCAAAGCCGUGAUUGUUACCAACACAGCGGUGCAUGGCUCGACACAGCCGUGAUUGUUACCAACUUGUGCUUCAGUACAUUAUACAUCAAUAUAUAGCAUAUUGUGAAAAGGUUUUGCUUCUAAAUUACUGCUGUUAACUUAUGAUAACUCCCCUUGCAAUUCCUUUGAAAAUGACUCUAUUUCCUGCAAGGCAAAAAAAAACAAUGUUCUCAUGGUUGGUUCUUCUGAUGUCUCAACACAAACAAACAAGUCCAUUGAUUACUUCUUUAUCCACUUCAGCUGCAUAUGUUGGAAGGGGAUAACAUGAUGAUUAUAAGCAUGGUUAAAAGGAAGAUUACGAGGGCGUGUUAGAAUAUAGAAGCUUGUGUCGAUGUAUGAAAAACACGGAUAUUUUUUUGUGAAAGAGAAUGUUUUAAGUUUUGAUGUUUAUAAAUUAAAAUUUUCAAAAAAUAAAAUAUAAAUUGACCAAUUGUAUGCAUAUAUGUUUGAACUACACAGUUUCCCAAACCUAAAAUGUGGGCUGAAGCUUGGAAUGGAUGGUAAGCUAUUUCGUUUUCAUCACAUCACACUCAGUUUCUAUGUUAGUUUAAGUAUUAUUGACAUGGUUUCAAACCAAAAUCUUUGAUUAGGCAGCCAGAAUAUGGUUAUAUAAAGGAACUUCAUAGAGCUAUCAAUAUGUGUCCAGCGAGCUUUGGUUUCAACUGACCCAAUCGUUACAUCAUUAAGGAGCUCCCAACAGGUUUUAACUCAAUUCAAAGUUAUUUUGCUAUCUGCUUGUGUUUAGCUUAUUUACCAUCCUAUUAUACCAUGUGUAACUCUUCGAGCCUCAUGUCAUGUGUAACUUUUUC